GGUCUCUGCGCUGUGCGGAUGCCGAGCUGGUGGCUGGGCGGGAGGCCUCGGCCGCCCUCAGCCCGGCAGGCCGGGGCUGUGAGGGCUCGGAAGGAGCGGCCGCUCCGUGCUCGCUCUGUCACCCCGAGUGUCGCGGUUCCGAUGAGCUCCCAGCGCUGCCGGGGCCGGUGAGGGGGGUCCGGGUCCGGGUCCGCUCCUGCCGGCGCGGUCUGAGGGCGCCUGGCAGAACUGCAACCAAAGCGUCCGGCGUGCUGAGGUGUCACAGUGAACAGGGAUUGCGCUGCUCAGGUUGUUUGCAAAGUCUGGAAGGAAAUGACACGAAUUUAGAGGCGUUCACAGUAUUUCAGCACUGAGCAGAAGCUUAUUUAUUGCGAGAUGAGCCUACGAAAUCAUUGCGGGUACAAGGAGUCCAAAGUGUAUUUUAUUCCUUAAACGCUAUGAUUAUAAACCGAUCCAGCGGCUUCAGAUUCAUACCCAAAAGUCAUGGGCUGAGGUUUCAUUUAGCUUUACCAGAUUCAAUUUUAUAAUGAAACUAGGAUGGGGUUUUGGAUAGUUUUUUCUAGAAAAAAGGGCCUUUAAGGUCAUCCCAUUCCACCCCGGCCCUGGCAGGGACGUGUUCGAGUAUCCCAGGUUGCUCCAAGCCCUGUCCAGCCUGGCCUUGGGCACUGCCCGGAUCCAGGGGCAGCCACAGCUGCUCUGGGCACCUGUGCCCAGGCCUGCCCACCCUCACAGGGAACAAUUCCUUCCUAAUUUGACUGAACUAACAUUGUUGAUAGCACGUUUUCUUUUUUUUUUUUUUUUUUUUGUUUAUUUUAACUAACACAAAUGGCUUAUAUCGACACACAGGAACUCAGGGAUAUAAGUGAAGAGGCAUAAGUUUCUUCCCUCAUUCUGUUUGCAGCUCCACUUGACUUUGGUUUUGAUUUUAAAGCAUUAUUAAUGAUGAAAGUAACAUACAAACCCCCUUUUUUUGUUUGUUUCUUAUGUUCUGGGUAGUUUUCCUUUCUGUCUUUUAUGUGAUUAGUCUAUAUAUAAGGUUUUUAGAACUGUUCCUGUUUAUGCAGGAGUCUGGCUCUGUGAGGCAUUGCCUUAAUUGGUUUUUAGAUGCUGUCGUGAGUAACUCAGAUAAAUAAUACAAAUCAGGGUUGGAGUUUGUCACUGCUUUUCUUUGCUCUUCAGCUUUGAGCUUUUCACUCUCGUGCUGUGUCUGAAACAAAUUUAGUCCUUGUCUGAUAUUUUCUCCCUCUUUGAAGUAAAUGCCUUCAAAAUAAGCCCCCUCACUUUUCAUUUCCUUCAAUGGCUUACGUUUGUGCGCUGUUGUCAUGUGUGAGUGAGACAUAUCUUGGAGAUGCUUUUGUAAAGUUUGCAGAUUAAUGGUGGGACACAAAUGUGCUCUGGGAGGAUGCAGGAGGGCACAGCCAGCACCAUGUGGUGCAGGUGGAAUCCCACAGUGGGUGUCCUAGAAAAGUUCUGACUCCCUUCUGCCUUAACCACCCUGCUGGAUCGUGUGGAUUUGUGCAUGAGAUCUCUUCAUCUACCACACGAGGUGACUUAGAAGAGAAAUGCCCAGUGUGCUCCUGUUUCUGUGACUGGAUUAAAGUGACCUGGAAGCUGAUUUGCAGUGAGCAAUCAGUGAAGCCACACAGGAUUUUGUGGAAUAUUGCAUGAUCUCAUCAUGAAGAUCUCUCUCCUGCAGCAGAUGUAUAAGGAUGUCCUGGCAGGCAUUCCCCUAGCAAGGGAAAGCCAUCAUUAUUCCUCUUUAAUUAAUCUGUGUGUGGAGCAGCCACCAGAAGGAGAUGGAUCCUGUCAUCAGCAGCAUCUGCCAUCUUCUGCUGGUGGCACUGGGAGCCAUCAGGACUCUGAUAUGUCAGAUGUUGUCCCUGCAACAGAUGAUUUAUCCAGGAGCUUUGCAAACAUGAGCUCCUCGUUCUGCCCACGGGAGGUGAUGCUGCUCCAGCUCACCCUGAUCAAAAUGAUGGUGGCCAAAGCAGAGUCCCAGGAGAUUGAGCUCCACACGAGACAGAAGUACUGUGAAAUCUUUGUUCUUCUUCUGAAGGAGGCAAAAAUUGACUCAAAAUUGAUUCACCUGCUGGGUUCUGAUGAUCGGCUGUUAUCUCACAUGGCCUCACAAAGUUUGGCAUCUCUUGUGUAUUUCCAGCUGAAGGAAGAGGACGCUGUGAACGUGCCGUGGCUGCGCUUCAGCCUGGCCGCGCUGCUGGGGCUCCCCGGGAGCGCGGGGGUGCCCGCUUGCCUGUGGACCCUGGCGGCGAUUCUCAAGGAGACGCGGAAGGACGCGCCCGCAGCCCGAGCAGGUGCUCUGAAGAAGCUGUUGGCUCCUCUUGAUGCAGUGCUUGAAGGAUUUUAUAAUGCCAUCCUGCUCCAUCAUUUUGACAGUCACCACUACACUUCACCUUAUUCUGAAGCUGCAAACAAUCUGAUCAGUUUUAUAGAUCUGCUUGAAGCACUUUUGGUUUCCAGAACUGAACUGGAAUUACCAUUCAGGUGCCAGAGAAUUUUAUUUUUGAAAGUCUCUUAUGUCCUCACUGUUAUUAGCUCAUCGAUUCCUUAUGUAAUCAAGAAGAAAUUCAUUUUGCUCCUUAAAAAAUGUGUCCUUUGCAAGUCUAGAGAAGAUGCUAAAGGUGGAUCACAGUUCUUACAAACCCCAUCUUUGUGUGAGGAUAUGCUUGCACUGAGUAAUGUUGUUCUGCAGGUUGUGAAUUUGACUUGGCUUAAUCAGAUCCCACUCAGUGGGAAGUCCAGCUACUUUGGAAGCAGUGAAACUGCUCCUGGACAUGAUUCUCAAGGUGCUUCUGACCAAACUGUCCUCAGAGCCUUAAGUCUGGUUGUGCUUAAAGCACUGGAAUUCAAGAUUCACAACGCUGCAACAGAAGCAGAAAUCAAAGAUUCAUGACAUAAAAAUGAGUUUUUUAAUUAGAUUCAAACACCCCAACUGUCAAGAGGAAUUUCAAUCUGAAAAGAAUGGAGACUUUGAGAGCUCCAUGUCCCAGCUGCUGAUGUUCUGGAGGAGUCAUGGAAAGCCUUCCCCACACUCUCACCCAGCUGGGCAUCACUGUGAAUGGCUCUCCUUGGUUUUCAUGGAGCAGGAUGAUGACAUGUGGG